AUGUCAGAUUGGAGUGACCUUCAAAAAGAUAAAUGGAUUAAUGAAAAUAGAGAAGUUGAAGAAGUUGAUGCAUGGGAUGCAUCAUCAGAAGAUGAAGUAGAAAAAGUUGAAGAAGAAAUUAAAGAACCACCAAAACCAGUUGUUAAACAAUUAACAAAGAAACAAGCAUUGCAAAGAGCAAUUGAAUUAAAAGAAAAAGAAUUAAAAGAACCACAAGGUGACUUUGAUAUUUAUUUAGAAGAGAAAAGAAAGAAAGAAUUACAAGAAGCAUCUGAUUUAGAAAACAGUAAAAAUUUAUUCUCUGGUUUAUCCGUUAAAGAAUCAUCAUCAGGUGAACCAAUUUCAACUUUUAUUCCAAAAACUGAAAAAGAUUUUGAACAAUAUUCUCAAAUCGUUUCUGAUUAUUUAUUAAAAUAUGAUUCAUCAAUUCAUUAUGCUACUUUCUUUAAAUCAUUAAUGAAAAAAGUUUUAGUUAAUGUAUCAUCAUCAGAUAUGAAUGAUAUUUCAAAAACUUUAACAGUUUUAAUUAAUGAAAAAUUAAAGAAUGAAAAAUCUGGUAAAGGUGGUAAUAAAACAAAAACAAAGGUUGCACCAAAAAAGAUUCACAUGGGAAAUGAAUUACAAAACUAUGAUGAUUUUGAUGAUGAUGAUUUUAUGUAA